AGCCGAGAGGAGGAUUGUUGAAGUGAGAUUGGGUGUAGACAGGCACCAAUGUACAAUAGGUCUGGUUUUGCACAUGGACUGCCUUUCCUGGGGUUGCUGGUCAGAUCGCCUUAAUUAGGAGACAACCCCUUCACAACAACAGCUAACAGGAGGUGUAGAUAGUCAUCUGGGGUGGGUUUGUUGGUGGGCAGGAAGGGCGCAGAUCCUCAGAAUGUUUCCAACAUGCUGCAUGCUUAGCUUAAGACCAAAUUUUGUUGGUUACUUCACGAGAAGCUCAGAAGUCAGCCAGUGAAUUCCCCAUUGAGUGCUGUAGGGUCUCUGUCGAGGAACACUGAGAGGUCGAGGGGGAGGAGAGUGGCCAAGGCACACGGGGAGAGGGGCUGAAUGAGGGAGAGAGCAGAGGGGGAAGUUACAACAGGCAGAAAGAGGAGGAAGUGAGAGAUCUGCUGCUUCCUGUAGGCUGUGAUGACUGAAGACAAAGCUGGGUGUGGACUGGUCUCCCAGGGUUGCUGGCUGUACAACUGCUGAGCUUGGAUUCUCCCCCACAGUCCACCUAUUUGACGAAAAGGAGACUGAAUAUCUUCAGUUCAUCGUGAAAGGCUACUUGAAGAGGCUGUUGAAGGAAGGGGACACUACAAGUGGAUCAGAAACCACCCCAGAGACUCGGAGGACACAUCAGUGCUACUGCACAUCAGAGAUCAAAUGGCCAGCAACAACACAGCAAGCAUAGCACAAGCCAGGAAGAUGGUGGAACAGCUGAAAAUGGAGGCCAAUAUUGAGAGAAUAAAGGUGUCCAAAGCGGCAGCGGAUUUGAUGGCUUACUGCGAAGCCCAUGCUAAAGAAGACCCUCUACUGACAUCAGUUCCUGCAUCAGAAAACCCCUUCCGAGAGAAGAAGUUCUUCUGUGCCAUUCUGUAGGGACCCACCCAGCCUGAAAAUCAGGACACUCUGAACAGUGAUGUUGAGUUUCACCAACGUGGGCACAUUAUUGUCCGCAGAAUUUGUAACAAAGCCUGGAAGCUGCAGGGAUGUGCAUGUGUAAAGAAUCUUGUCACCUAAUUGGUAAUGGAAGCAGAAGAACUACCUUGAGAAAAUAGAGAUUCUAAAACAGCUUAGAAUGAAACUGUGUAGAGAUGUCAUCAUUUUUUUGCUCCUGCAAAGAUCGUAAAUUAUGAUUCAUAGUUUGAUGUCCACAAGUAUGACAGUCAUUCAAAGAAAGGUAAAUACUGAGGAGGAUGUAUAAUUUUAUUGGAAUUAUAAUUGUUGUUUCUCAAUAUAAUUUUUUAUUUAAUUUAAAUAGACAAGUAAAGCAAACAAACAAGAUCUGUGGUGUUGUACUUUGAGAUUUGGUUAUGUGUUUUUUGCAUUAGAGUAGCGCAGUAAUAUGCUGGUCUUCGCUUUGACAGCUGGCUUUCAAUGAAGAGAAAUGUUACUAAUAAGAUUUUCGCAAAUGGAAUGUCAAUUUCAAGACAUAAAAGCCAGCAGCUUUGCAUUUUCUUAGAUUCUUCUUAGUAUUCCUCUAACACGUGUAAAGUAGUUUAAAAUUUCAGAUAGUAUCGGUCAUUCAUCAGCGGUGUUUAGUGAUGCUGAUAUUUGUGGUAGCAACAGAAUAAUUGCAUGGAAGUAUUUCAGUCUUUUUCCCUUUCAUUGAAUUUGUUUAACCGAACUGAAGUGAUAUUGAUAUACAAAAGACAAAACGUUAACAUCUACCACUAAUGAAGCACAGCCAGUUUCUUAAUGGCCCUAUUUUCUCACUAAUGCUUGUGAACACUAUGAGAAAUAUUUGUCAUUUAUAAAGAUUUCUACCAACUUGCAUAUUGUAAAAUAACAGGUAAAAUUUGCAUGCGAACAAUAGUACAUAGACAUACAUGCCAAUGUUUGUAAAACAGUAUCAAUUGUCAAAAAGUAGCUUUUUCAAAAAGCCCUUGACUAAAGAACAUUGCAAACACUUCUCUUAAUUGAUUGGUUGAACAAAACAUUUUUAAAGACCAAAAAGAGUCCAUUCCUGGAUGCGGUCUCUCGGUAACGUCUUUUCAUACCCACAUGAAACUGCGGAAAUGGCUUUUGAACAGUGUAAUAUGCAGAUGAACAAAUAGGUCUCAACUUUGUGAAUGAUCAAAUGAUUUUACCUCAGACUAUUACACCGCCUUUUAACAAAUCUUUUUUAUAUUUUCAGAUAUGUAUUUUUACUCAAUUGAUAAUUUUCUUAGAUCUGCAUGUGUUUUCAUCUGCCACUACACUGGCAAACCAGCCCUCUGCACCAUAUCCAAUUCAAUAUAAGGAGUGGUUUACCAUUGUAUUAGACCCACAUUAGUACAGAAAAGUAGAUCACCAUCAACCAACAGCACAUCAACCAAAUCAGAUGCAUUGGAAGCAUUGCAAAGAAAGAAUGACAUGUAUGACUAUGGCUUGUUGAAUCUAAUUUUUAUUGUACAUUUGUGUUCAUGGCAGCAGUGAGUUUUAAUGCCUGUAUGGGACAACAGGAAUGCUACGUGUGGCAGCAAGAGGAAAGGGAUGUGUGAAUUAUUUUAAUGAGAAUAAUAUAAACAUAUGUAUUGUAUUUCUGGUUGUAAACCUUUGUCAGCUUUGUAUAAGGAAACUUGAACAAAUGAUGAUGUAGUGCGCAUUUCCACACCAUGUGAACGAUGUAUCAGUUUUAAAUAAAAACUUUAAAACAUUUCA